AUGCCCACGAUAUCAGGCCGUGCCAGGCCGAUCGAGAAACUCGCCCAGGCCGCGGCAAAGUGUUCAGUCGAGGCAACAGCAUACGGCAAAUGCAUUCUGGCCGACUACCAGUCGACGCACCAAGACAUGUGCGCAAACGAGUUUCUGCGCCUGAAGGACUGUUAUCUUCCUAUCCUAUCCUCUCCUAGCCCCGGCUGGCUCAAGGUGAACGAACACACGAACCUACACAGUCGAAUCUUGGGGUGGACUUUGACGAAUCAAAAGAAAGGAGAAACGGAAAUGGAAACAAAUCAUUUCUUCUUCGUUCCUGCCGUUCAUCAUGACCCAUCAUCUUGGUCGGAUAUCGAUCUCUAA